UUGUUAUGGGAACCAGCUGAUGUAGUUAGACGACGGCCAUGUUUAUUUUUAAGUAAAAACAGUUGGGACAAAGUUAGAGAGAAGGGAAAAACACCCUGAUGGGGGAAGGAAUAAAAAAAUGCUAAGAUAACUAUCUAGAGGAUUUAAAGACAUGUCGAAGACGGAGCGGACAAAAGUGAAUUUCGUUCUCUUGAAACAAAUUCUCGACGAGGAAACGGCAAGUAUUUCUACCGAAACUGACACUGAAAGCGAAUUAGGGCAACACAUAACAGACGCAGGUGAAUCUCAGCCAGACAGCAAACAAGAAGGAAAAGAGAAAGACGAUGCUGGUCCAGUCGGGCGAUACCCAGUUGUUUUCUCACGGAAAUGUAGAUCCAAAAGCUGUCAAACAAAGCUCUCUGCUUUUCCUCUUUUCCCGGUUCCAGAGGAAACAGAAUGGAUCAGUGGUGACGAUGACAGGGUAAAACGAUCACAUAGAAAGAGUCCAGAGAGAAAGAAAAAGCAUCACACUUUAAAUAAAUCCACUACACCGAUAAAAGACACAGAUACAUCGAUUAGUAAAAAGAGAUGGAAAGUAAAAAACAAGGAGACUGAGGAAGAAUCUUCUACAGCAAAAACUAAGAACUUUGAUGGAACAAGGAAAGAAUUUGAGUCCGAGCACCAGUUAAAAUCUACUAACAAUCCAGUUUUACUUGCAUGGAUUCACCAGAAGAAUAAACUAGCUCGCAAAAUGCGUAGAGAAGAAAGAAAGCAAAAACGUGCGAAAAGAAUAGCUCUUCAAGAAGAAGAGAGAAUAAAGGACGAAAGACAAAUUGAGUCUGAAAAAAGUGUAAGCCAAUGGCUGAAAUCAAAGAAAAAAGAAGCAAGGCAGGCAUGGCGGAAAAACCAUCCAAAGAUUAAUCCUUUUGAUAUGGGUGAGGGAGGUACAUCAACACAAGAACCACCUCCAGAGUACACUGUAAUAGAGACAUUUACUCAGCCUGCAUCUUCUGUGGACAAAGCUGGGUCUGUUGGUGAGGCCAAUAAGGAUGCUACAUGCAUGACGGAAAAUUUGCCUGAUAGAAACAUAAAUGCACAAAAUGAGAGAAGACAUAAUAAGGUUAUUGUUGUACAGCCAAAUUAUAGUGGGAGUGGGAAGUUUGAUGUUCAUAAGCAAUCAGACAGACAGAGGCCUAAAUCUGCCAUGGAAACAUCUUGUCAAAAAGAGAAUAACAAACCAAGACCUCAGACAGCCAAGGGAAAAUCACAAACUCGCCCAAAGACUGCAAAAGCUACAACUGGCUCAGAACAACCCAGCCCUAAAAUGCAGUCUCUGAGUUAUGACGAGUGGCUGAAACAGAAAAGGGAACAAGAUAAAAAGCAAGCUAUCAAGAAAAAGAGAGAAAUUAUUGACUCACACUUAGAUGCUGUUGUCGCUGAGCUCGGAAAACAAAGAGUGGAACGGAUAUUAAAUCCUAAGAAACAUGUCAAUACUGGGUUAAAGAACUACCCACGAUCACCAUCUCCUGCUAAGACUCCAGUAUCAAUGCGAACAGCAAGAGAAGAAAGCCCCUAUAGAUGGUUGACAGAGAAGAAAUCACCACGCCCUGAACCCCAGGGUUGUGAUUACCCUGAUAAUGAACACACUGACACAGUAGGAAUUACCCUAAAUAGUAAAUCAAAUGAAAAACAAGACUCUCCUAGUCCAAGAUCAGCCCCAAAAAAACAAGCUGUGUCAUUUUGUCAAGAUAUUACAGAACAGUGUGAGGGUUUGAAACCUUCCAUGGAUAAAGUCCUUGCCGUGCUUGAUUCAGAGAUCAAGAAAUCAACUGAGAAUAUGACAACUUGUGCACAGAGAACGCAAGGGUUGUCUGUGACAGGAGGUACUUCUGGUAGUGAUGUACAAAGCAUUGACUCUGAAUUCUCUAAUCAGUCUUCUUCUUUACAAAUCAGAGAGGCUAGAAGGCCUAAGUCUGCUAGGCCUACAUCAGCCAGACCUAGAAACGCAAAACCUGGAUUAUCAGAUGAACAAGUGAAAAAGAAAAUACUGAGUGACUUAGAUGUACUUGGUUUAUGUGAAUCACCACAAGCUAACAGCAGUGGAGUUGUUGAACAGUGUGAGAACCAGGAAAGUAGUACAGUAAGAGAGAAUUAUUUUGACUAUGGGAGUGACGUGGAUCCCCCUAGCAUGAGGCCGGUUUCUACAGUAGAUCAUAGUUCUUGAAAAUCAUUCCCUUUUUUAGGCUAAUUUGUCAUACAAAAACAUUUUAUGUCUGCAGAAAAUAUUUUAUAAAAUAAUAAUGUGUACAAUGAAUCAGCCAUUUGCACUGGCAAUCUUUUGUGAAAUAGGUGUAUGUGUUAAUUUGCUGGUUUAAAUGCCAUCAAUAAUUAACUUAGAAAACCAUAUAAAAUGUAAGUAAAGGAGUGAAGGAAUUCUACAAAAUAAAACAACUAAAUAAAACAUUUCAUGACAACA